AUGCAAUCCGGCAAGGUCAACUAUGGAUUCUCCAAGAUUGAGACUGUCUACACUGCUUCAGUCGCUGAGGAAGGUCCCACGGGUGACCAGUUCGAGGAUAUCAGAUCCGAUCAGCUUCCUGUGUCUCACGAGAGCGCCGAGGACAGCCAGACUCUGAACUUUGCGGAACAAUACGACAAGGCACUACACCACACAUUCCGAACCAAUGCAUGGACUUCAAUGCGCAUGUUCCUACCUACGCUAUUCAUUAUUGCCCUUGCAAUGUACCUUUCCACUCCGACAGAUACACUACGCACUGAGAAGUACUACGCAGAUCAUGUCGGAUGGAUGAUGGGAAAGGCGCGCUACACUUCCUUGACCAAUAUCGGAUAUUCUUCCUCUCCGCGCGAAUGUUUUGUGGGAUCAUCAAGCAGGGUUUCGCCAUCUGCUCACGUCUCCUCCAGAGAGACCACUUCGAUUUCGAUGCCAAUCGAAACUGUGGAUCUCAGGGGACUUGUGAAGAACUUUGACACUACGUGA